UCUCCUCUCCUCUCCACAGCAACCCAACUGAAAACCAAAGAAACCGCUGGCGGACGCCCACCAACCAAAAAAACCACGCCUUUCCUCGCCGCCGACGGAGGGGAGAAGCCGCAGCGCCUGCUCCCUCUUCCUCACCCACUACAUCCGGGAGCGCGUGGCUCCAUUCCAUUCGCGCUCGCACCGGAGGAUAAAUUUUGAUCAUUUCAUUUGUUGGGCAUUGGAUCAAGCGGUGCUGUUAUACAUAGCUCAUCUAUAUUUGGUGGUGCCAUAAUCAUUUUUUCACUGGCGUUUGCCAAUUAUGUCGGAGAGCGAGUUAGCAGUAAUAAAACCAGAGGCGUUGAAGACUUAUAUUUGGCUUCAGUGCUUUGAUGGUUCCAUACAGCAAGUGGAGGAGGAGGUUGCGAUGUUUUGCCCCAUGAUAUGUCGGGAAAUUGUGAAAAAUGGCACAGGGUCAUCCAAAAAUCAUGCUAUUGCUCUCCCGGAAAGAGUUAAUCCAACCAGUUUGAGUUUGAUUCUUGACUAUUGUCGGUUUCAUCAGGUUGCUGGGCGCUCAAACAAGGAGCGCAAGUCCUUUGAUGAAAAGUUUGUUAGGAUAGAAACAGAAAGACUCUGUGAAUUGACUUCUGCAGCUGACAGUCUACAGUUAAAGCCACUUGUUGAUCUUACUAGUCGAGCACUUGCUCGAAUCAUUGAAGGAAAGACACCUGAGGAAAUUCGUGACAUUUUCCAUUUACCAGAUGACUUAACAGAGGAAGAGAAAUUGGAGCCCCUAAAAAAUAUAAAUGAUGAUCCUAGGAUACGCCUAUUGAACCGAUUGUACGCGAAGAAGCGGAAAGAGCUCCAGGAGCGCCACCAGCGCCAGAAGCUGAAGGGUGUUCAAGUACAAAAAGAGCAAAAAGAUGAGAGAUCUUUGGAUGAGUUACUUUGUUUUAUUAAUGGGGAUGGAGGUUCAGGUGGGAAAGCUACCAAGAGUAAGAAAAAGAAUAAAAGAAGGAAGGAUCAUGCUAAGAACCCUCCGAAAGCUGACUCUGAGCCUUUAAAUGCGGAGGGAGCUGCUUGUGUGGUUCCGUGCAAAGUGGAUAGCAGUAAUGUUUCUAGACUUCCAUGCCAGAAUCCAGAUGUGCAAGAUGAUGUCGAGUACCCCUUUGAAGAUGCUGACCUCGAUGAUGGACUUGAUCCUGCAAUGAAAGAAGAGCUUGAUAGAGAAGUCGAGGACUUUGCAAGGAGGUUGAAUUCAGUUUGGAAUGAGUCACAUAUUGGUGGUAAUGGUUCUGUGCAGAGAUUUCCUGGGUUUAAUCACAGGUGAGUGUUAUGCUGGCAGGAUCAGAAGGCAGUGGCAGAGAAUAUUUGUGGGCAUACAGCUUGGAACAAUGUAAAGACCAUACAGGCCACUUGGCUCCUGUGUGUGGUAAAACCUUGAUAACUCGGAACCAAGCAUGCAGACAUGCGCAACUUCCCUUGGUCAUUUUCUGGGGAAGGAGGCCGCCUAGUUGGGAUGAAGCAUAGCUUGGUUCAGGACUCAAGUAAAAAAGAGUUACCAUUUUUUUCUUUGGGAAGGGAGGGUUAGAGGUCUGUCUUGACUCGUUUUUUUUUCCCCCUUGGCUGCUGCGUUACCAAUUUUCCUAACAGGGGAAGAGAGGAAGUGGUGUUGGCUGUUGGAGCUGUUACAGAUAUCCAUGAAAAUUCCGUUGAUUCACUAUAUUGUGAUGCACAUAAAAAAAUGUGUGGCGUUGUUUGGCUG